AUGUUAAAAAAAAUUGGACAGUGUGAUCAACCUGUUGCCGACUUUUCGGUGUCAUUGAUUAAACAAAUCACUUACUAUGUUUCUGAAAACAGUUCUCGACAGAAAAACGAAGUCAUUUCCAUAACUGAACAAGAUACACGUGGUUGCGAUGUAAGUGAAGAAGAGAUUAUUCGCGUUAAUAUCGAAGUGCCACCAAUUCCACCCACCGAUGUCACCGCCAGUAACAUUAUCAACGUUGUGUAUUCUAUUCGUAUAAUUGGUUCAGUGGCAUGUUUUCAUUCAAAUCCCGUGUUAGAUGUGCCAAUAACAAUUGGAUCGUAUCCUAUACAAGAUGAGAAUCCAUAUCCCAAUACGGCUGUCGGUUCAUUCCCGGCAAAUGAUGUGAAUAAUUCACAGCAACCAUCAGCUUCAUUCCAUCGAAAUGGCUAUGGGCCAGCACAUACAAGCGCCCUAUUCUCAUUCUCAAAUGAAAAUCCACCAACUUAUGAAGAAGCAACGCAUACGGGCACAGAUGGCAACAGUUUCCAGCCAAAGUAUGCAAUGUUCAAACGCACAACAUCUUAUUCAAGUUAAAACAUGUCAUUGACGUUCAACAAUACCAGAUAAUUUCGACAU